AUUCAUUAUAAAUAUAGAAAUAAUCAACAAAUCCAAUUAGUUCAAGUUGCAUUAUACCAUUGAUAUAUACAUCUAGUUUGAAACUUAGAGAGAACAACAAUUACAAGAACAACCAUAUUGAAAAUUAUGUCUACCUUGCAAUCAUCAUAUAUCUAUAAAGAUUUACAACCAAAAAUUGAAAUCAAGGAUACUCCCGAAUCACAUCUUCUGCUUGUUCACAUUCCUGAUGGUUUUGAACGAGGGGAUAUUGGUGCUAGAGUUGAGUAUGAUUUUGGAAGGGUGAGAGUUUUUGGUGAAAAAUCAAUUGGAUCCAAUAAAAUGAUCCGUUUCAUUGAAAAGUAUCAAGUUCCAUCACAUUGUGAUAUUGGCAAAAUUAAAGGUAAAUUUGAUGGAAAAAUUGUCACUAUUACAAUGCCAAAAAUUCCAGGUAAAGUACAAGAACAAGAACCAAUUAAAGAUUAUAAUAAUGUUGAUGAGGUAAAUGAUAAAAAAGAUGAAGUUACAAAUGUUGAAAAUAAAGAAGAUGCUACCUCACAAGAAGCUCAAAAGGGUCAAAAAGAAAAUUCUCAAAUUACAAAAGUUGAUAGCAAGGGAGAGGCUAAUUAUGUAGCUUCAACCUCACAAGAAUCCACACAAGAGUCUAUACCUCAACAGGGUCAACAAGAAAUUUCUCAAAAUGAGUCUAUAUCUCAAAAGGGUCAAGCAACAAUUUCUGAAAAUGAGUCUAUACCUCAAAAGGGUCAAGACGAAAUUUCUCAAAAAGAAUCUAUGACUGAAAAUGAUCAAGAAGAAAUUUCUCAAAAAGAAUCUAUACCCCAAAAUGAUCAAAAAGAAACUUCUCAAAAUUCUAAACUUAAAAAAGUUGAAAGUAAGGAAAAAGCUUAUGAUGAGACUUCAACUCCAUCAGAAGCCACACAAGGGGAAGAAGGAAUUCACAAUAAAGCAACAGAUACAAAAGAUGCAAAACUUCAAACAGAAGAAAACUCAUCAAGUCUAAAAGAUGAGAACAAGGAAAAGCAAAGGGUUGUAAAGGAAGAAACUAAGGAAACCAAGGAAGAAAGUAAAGAAUUAGCCAUAGUUAAAACUUUUCCUCCAAAGAAAACAAACAAAGAGAAAGGAAAGGAAAUGAUCAAUGAUAAAUUUGGUGGUGAUGAUGCUGAUGAGAAAAAGAGUGACAAAAAGGGAAUCCAUGAAUCAACAAGGACAAGAAGACUCAAAGACAUGGCUUUAUCUACUACUCAAGCUGUGACUAGUUUUGCAAAGAGGUUCAAUGAAGAUGAUAAACAAAUGCUAAUAUACACUGGUGCAACAAUUCUUGUUGUGGCACUUGGUGUUUAUGCUUCCUACAAGUACCGCUCGUCGCGCAGAACAUAGGCAAUGACAUAUCUAUUAGGGUUGUCAAACUCGAGAUCCCACGGAAGUUCGUUUGGGUAUAGAAAACGUGUGAGAUCAUACAAUCUCACGAUCUAAAGUGUACACUUAACAACCAUGUUAUCUAUUUCCUUUGACAUUGUUUCUUACAUAUAUAUUUCAUUUCAAAAGAUAUUGUAGAACAAGCAAUCUGUGUUUGACUAACAAAAAAAUUUGACAAAUAAAUCAAAAAUUACAUUGUCUUGUGCAAA